CCUUUCGAACGAGUUCCUAACCCGCAGCGAACGACGGCAGCGUUCAGUUCGUGUGCAACGGUUCCAGCGAGAAGAAGCUUCCCACAGUACCGCGUACCGGAUCUACGCGAUCUCAGACAGACAGAGAGCGCGUUGUGUGAAUCCAAGCUCUGCUGCUUCUUCUUCCAUAUCGAGAAAGAUCGCGUCCCUUGUUAGUUAAAGGGUUGAUCGCAUUCGAUCGCCGUCUAACCAGUUUUUUACCGGCCCGAUCGCCGUACUUGCGAGCGUACGUGUGUAAGAGAGAGAGCGUGUGUGUGUGCGUGUGUGCCUGUGAUUUUGAGGCCCUCAACCCCACGAUACCUGUUGCUUCAAGAUGAUGCUGUACAAGAGCUUUCUUCUGCUGAGCGUCUUUGCUGUCGCCUGCUAUGGACAAUCGAAAGUGCCCGUCUACGUGUACUACGAGUCGCUCUGCCCCGACAGCGCCGCGUUCGUGAACGAUCAGCUCUACCCAGUGGCGAAGGCGUUCAAGAAGAACCUGGAGCUGCAUCUGGUACCGUUCGGCAAGUCCACCUACACGACGCAGGGUUCGGAUGUGAUGUUCACCUGCCACCACGGAGAGAACGAGUGCUACGGCAACAAGGUGCACGCAUGCGCCAUCCAGCACAUCCAGGGCAACUCGUACCAGCCCAGCAUCUCGAAGGAAGAUCUAACGCUGGAGUACGUGAACUGUUUGAUGCACCGCGCCCAGCUGAAGGACGGUGCGUUCCCGACCAAACGGUGCGCCGACGAGGUCAAGAUCGAGCAGUGGCAAGCGAUCAUGGAGUGUGCGAACAGUACCGAGGGUAGCCAGCUGCUGAAGCAGCACGGCGAUGCGACCAACAAGCUGCAAUCGCCGCUCAAGAGUGUGCCCACCGUUGCCUUUAAGCAGACCUACGACGACGAGCUGCAGAAACUGUCCGUGCGCAGCUUCCGUCACGCACUGUGCAAAAACCUGAGCCCGCAGCCCGUCGAAUGUCUCGAUCUUCCGGCCGGCGCGUCGCCCGUCAGCUCUCUCGGUGGUUCGCUCGUCGCUGCGGUCGCCCUUCUCGUAGCCAGGCUGUUUUAAGCAAUGGUUCAUCUUAAAAACUUCUUUCGAGUAACAACAAGCGGCCAGCAGCAUUCAAUUUAUUCGAUAAUCAGCAACCUUCCCAAGGGGGUUGUUUGCAUGUUCGCUAUUCAUCGAUUCCGUCCGUUCAAGCUGUUGUACUUUGUAGCAAUGAUACGCAAUGAUACCGUUUUUAAAAAUAAAGUCUUUUAAAGUCUCGGGAGGAUCAGCGAGCAGCAAACGAUCCUCCUCCCCUUAGCUGCA